ACAACUAAAAAAUUUGAGGAAAAAGUUCGUGGCUUUGUAAAUAAAGAAGCUAUUGAAAAAAUUGGUUCCGAUCUCAAAACCCUUAGUCUGAGUACUCUUACGACGGUAGUUAAUGCUGUAGUCCCCCCAAUUUCACAAUAUGAAGUUGUAGAAGUUUGGUUAUCUCAUGAUAUGGUCGGUUAUGUUGGAUUAGAAUCACUCACCUUCUCACAAGCACUUCCUGUUAGUUGGUUGGAUGUUCCAUAUGAAGAAAAUGAAUGGGUAGAAGCUAAAAUGGUUUCUGUUAUUAAAUUGGCUGUUCAAUCAAUAGCUCAAGAUUAUGUUUGGCAUCGAAUGACUGCAACCGAUGGACAAAAUCAAUCUAAUGUUGAUAAUUCAAAUAUAGCAUCUUAA